UUCUAAUAUCCAACAUGUCUGUUUCUAAAGUGCAAGAUGAUAUACCAUUAGCUGACGAUGAUCCCCAAGUCAUUAUCAAUGAUGAUCUAGAACUUAAUUCUACAUCUGAUGCAAAUUCUUCAAGCAUGAUCCAUGGUAGAAGUAUGGACUCCAUACAAUCAACCUUUACUAAUGGAAGCUCUAGCCCUCAGCACAAUUCUUUGGAGCCCGACACCAGUCCUGAUGAACAAGAGGAAAAAGCCAGACUCAUUUCGCAAGUUUUGGAACUACAAAAUACUUUGGAUGAUUUAUCACAAAGGGUUGACAGUGUUAAAGAAGAAAACCUAAAGUUGCGUUCAGAAAAUCAAGUAUUAGGGCAAUAUAUAGAGAAUUUAAUGUCUGCCUCUAGUGUCUUUCAAUCUACUUCACCAAAAAUUAAAAAGAAGUGAAGGAAUAAGUUUUACUCUAAGGAUAUACUGAUCUGUAGUAGUAUUGUAACUGAUUAUUUAUGAUUUUGCUUUAUCGAUGUGAUUAAAGAUAACUCACUUCUAUAUUAUAUUUGAAAAUGUUGUAUUCAGAGAUUUUAAAGUGCAUAUUUAUCAUUUCAUAAAACUCUUCAUGAACCUAACACUCUCUAUACCAUAGAAGCACUUUUCUAUUGCCUGUGAUUGUAUUAUUAUAUGUUUCUAUGACUUGUAACAUAAUUUUUAUAUAUUUAUUAAUUGGUGCAGUUAGUUUACGUUAAAAAAAUUAUAUUAGCUUGCCAUAUAAAUAAAUUACUCUAA